GGGGCACGGUCUCCGGGACCCAGUCACGGGUUAUUCUGAUAGAUGCGUUUCCGGGCAGAACUGGGCCUUAUGGCUGAUCGGGAAGGUCUGACUUUACCUGUGUGUCUGAGCUUCUGCACUGCGGCAGGGGGUUUGCUUUGCUCACGCGGUAUCAUGGCAGGAGGGUCGUGCGUCGCCUGUUUUUUCAUUCGUCGCGGUUUAGUUCCGAGAUCUGAAAGGCGCCGCCUGAUGUUGUUGGCUUUCUGGAGGAGCUUGUGGUAGGCCAACUCCCUUGAAAGUGUGUACGCGGCUAUUUCUGUUCGACCCGGGCCGUUUGGGUUCCCGGGGGAGGGCUCUGCCCGGGGGGCUGUUAGUGUCGUUCCUGGCUGCAGUUUUUCCUUCUUCUGGUGGCUCUCGUAUUCGUUCUCCCCACAUCCAAGAGGCCGGCCGGGGGGCGGCUCUAAGCUGGCACACUUCAUCGUGCAAUCACGCCGAG